UAACCCUAGUUAAUUCCUAACCGUACAUUUCAAAUUCAGUUCCUCUUUCUCUUUCGCUCUAUUAUUAUAUAUAUAUAAACCCUCUCAUUUCUCAUUCAUCUCUCACAAAAUUCAAAAGGGAAAAGCGUCUUAAUAAACGCCGCUCCUCUUCAAUUUUCUUCUUCCUUCCUUCAAUUUUCUUCUUCGUUCCUUCAAUUUUCCCGAGAAAAUGAGAGAGUGCAUUUCAAUCCACAUUGGUCAAGCCGGUAUCCAAGUCGGUAAUGCCUGCUGGGAACUUUACUGCCUCGAACACGGCAUUCAGCCUGAUGGCCAGAUGCCCGGUGACAAAACCGUCGGUGGAGGAGAUGAUGCCUUCAACACCUUUUUCAGUGAAACCGGUGCCGGAAAGCAUGUUCCACGCGCCAUCUUUGUAGAUCUUGAACCUACCGUCAUCGAUGAAGUCAGAACCGGUGCUUACCGUCAACUCUUCCACCCUGAACAACUCAUCAGCGGCAAAGAAGACGCCGCCAACAACUUCGCUCGUGGUCAUUAUACCAUUGGAAAGGAGAUUGUUGAUCUAUGCCUUGACAGAAUCAGGAAGCUAGCAGAUAACUGUACUGGUCUGCAAGGUUUCUUGGUGUUCAAUGCUGUCGGUGGAGGGACCGGAUCUGGUUUGGGUUCUCUUCUGUUGGAGCGUCUCUCUGUUGAUUAUGGAAAGAAGUCCAAGUUGGGUUUCACUGUCUAUCCAUCACCCCAGGUUUCAACCUCUGUGGUUGAACCCUACAACAGUGUCCUUUCAACUCAUUCCCUCCUUGAACACACUGAUGUUGCCGUUCUCCUCGACAAUGAAGCCAUCUAUGACAUUUGCCGCCGAUCCCUUGAUAUCGAGCGUCCCACUUACACCAACCUCAAUCGCCUUGUCUCUCAGGUGAUUUCAUCCCUCACUGCCUCUUUGAGGUUUGAUGGUGCCCUGAAUGUUGAUGUAACAGAGUUUCAGACUAACUUGGUUCCUUACCCUAGGAUCCAUUUCAUGCUUUCAUCAUAUGCACCUGUUAUCUCAGCUGAGAAAGCUUACCAUGAACAGCUUUCUGUUGCUGAGAUCACAAACAGUGCUUUUGAACCAUCUUCUAUGAUGGCUAAGUGUGAUCCUCGCCAUGGAAAAUAUAUGGCUUGCUGUUUGAUGUAUCGUGGUGAUGUUGUGCCUAAGGAUGUGAAUGCUGCUGUUGCAACCAUCAAGACUAAGAGAACCAUCCAGUUUGUUGAUUGGUGUCCAACUGGGUUCAAAUGUGGUAUCAAUUAUCAGCCUCCUACUGUUGUUCCUGGUGGUGAUCUUGCUAAGGUCCAGAGGGCUGUGUGCAUGAUUUCUAACUCUACCAGUGUUGCUGAGGUGUUUUCAAGGAUUGAUCAUAAGUUUGAUCUUAUGUAUGCUAAGCGUGCUUUUGUGCAUUGGUAUGUUGGUGAGGGUAUGGAAGAAGGUGAGUUCUCUGAGGCUCGUGAAGAUCUUGCUGCUCUUGAGAAGGAUUAUGAGGAGGUUGGUGCUGAGUCUGGUGAUGGAGAUGACGAUGGAGAUGAAGAUUAUUAGAUCUUGCUGGAUUUGAUCAAUCAUUUGUUUGUAAUGUGGUUUUUCAUUUUAUUUUCCCGGACAAAAUUAUGCUUUGUUUCUUGAAUGUUGUUUUGCAAACUUGUUAACAUUGUGCUGUGUUUAGCACAAAAAGUUUAAUCUACAAUCUAUACAUUCUAUUGCA